AUGAAAAUAGCUAUUUCUCCCCUCGAGCAACAUCCUAUUCUAGCCGACGAUGCUGCCAAAGAAAUCCCAUUGAAAGGCAAGGCUGUCAUUCGACAACAGCACAUGAAUCCGGGCUUCAAUAUCUGCUCAUUGACCGAGAAGCUCCCUCAUACCAAUGGCAUCCGUCAAUCAAUCUGUCGACCUUUCGCCUAUGCUGUUCCUGGCCGGAGUAUCUUUUCAGUCGGUAGGACAGCUGUUUGA